AUGUCGCCUAUAUCAUCGUCAUCGUCAUCAACAACAACCAAUAUCAGACCAAUUUUUUCAUCAACAGCAUCAUUACAAGGAAUAAUAACAAAUAAAUUAACUCCAAUGCCAGGAAAAGAACCAAUCAUAUCAUCUAAUAAUACAUAUGUAACUUCAAAUUUACCACCGGGAAAUUUUCCUUCUUCACAAUUACAAAUUCCAGGUUCAGGUAAUAUUGAUAAUAAUAGACCUAUUGUUGCAAAACGUAAAAUACAAGAAUUGGUGGAACAAAUUGAUCCAAGAGAGAGAUUAGAACCAGAGGUAGAAGAUAUGCUUUUGGAUAUUGCUGAUGAGUUUAUAACGACAGUUGCUACAUUUGCUUGUCGAUUGGCUAAACAUAGAAAAUCUGAUACAUUAGAAGUUAAAGAUCUUCAACUUCAUCUAGAACGAAAUUGGAAUAUACGUAUUCCAGGAUUUGCUUCUGAUGAAAUUAGAUCAGUAAGGAAACCAGUGAUGGCUUCUGCACAUCAACAAAAACUUGCUGCAGUAAAUGGUGCACGUACUCAAAGUGCAUCGUCAUCUCAUUAG